AUGGCCCAAGAACUCCACCAACCAGUCGAAUCAAAUGCUACCGCUCAGGAUGAAAAUUGGAAAGCUUCUCUUAUAAAACCGGUAAAAGAUACACGUAUACAAACUGAAGAUGUGACAAAUGUCAAGGGGAAUGAAUUUGAAGAUUAUUUUUUAAAACGAGAACUUUUAAUGGGUAUUUUUGAAAAAGGAUUUGAACGUCCGUCUCCUAUUCAAGAAGAAGCAGUGCCAAUUAUUCUCGCAGGACGAAAUGUCAUGGCUCGUGCCAAAAAUGGAACCGGUAAAACCGCUGCUUUUAUUAUUCCGUGUCUUGAAAAAACCGACACUAGUAAAAAGCAUAUUCAAGUACUGAUUUUAGUUCCAACACGGGAAUUGGCACUUCAGACCUCAGCUAUUGUGAAAGAGAUUGGAAAACAUAUGGGGAUUGAAUGUAUGGUCUCAACGGGUGGUACUAGUCUAAAGGACGAUAUCAUGCGUCUUUAUCAGACAGUCCAUAUUCUAGUUGGUACACCUGGUCGAGUCAUGGAUUUGGCAAAUAAAGGAGUCGCUGAUUUGAGUCAAUGCACUACUGUUAUUAUGGAUGAAGCAGAUAAAUUAUUGUCUCCGGAAUUUCAGCCCUUGCUGGAGCAAUUAAUUAAUCAUACGGCCAAGCAACGACAGAUUUGUCUCUUUUCAGCCACGUUUCCAGUCACGGUCAAGGCAUUUAAAGAUCGAUUCGUUGAGAAUCCAUACGAAAUUCAUCUCAUGGACGAAUUGACAUUAAAAGGUGUGUCUCAGUUUUAUGCUUUUGUUGAAGAGCGGCAAAAAGUACACUGCCUGAAUACGCUGUUUUCGAAGCUUGAUAUUAAUCAGUCCAUUAUCUUUUGCAACUCGGUGAACCGUGUCGAGCUGCUAGCAAAAAAAGUGACGGAACUGGGAUUUUCGUGCUUUUAUAUCCAUGCCAAGAUGAAUCAGGCCCACCGUAACCGCGUGUUCCAUGAGUUUCGUAAUGGUGCUACACGGCACUUGGUCUGCUCAGACUUGUUCACGCGCGGUAUCGAUAUUCAAACGGUGAAUGUCGUGAUUAACUUUGAUUUCCCAAAGAACUCGGAGACGUAUUUGCACCGUAUCGGUCGCUCCGGGCGGUACGGCCACCUUGGUCUGGCCAUCAAUAUGAUCACGUACGAAGACCGAUUCAACCUGUACCGAAUUAAGCAGGAGCUCGGCACGGAGAUUCGACCCAUUCCGCCAGUCAUUGAUCGUAACUUGUACUGCAAGUAA